GAUAAUUGAUACUCGAUGUUUAUUUCUUGUUUAUUUUGAUUUUCAAGUUUUCUUUUUGUUUCUCUAUUUGUUUUAAUUAACCAGUUACGAUAUUAUUAUUUUAUCAAUUAUGGGAGUUGAUCUAACUGGUAACAAUAAACCUUGGGAGUUAAGUUUAUAUGAACUUAAUCGGAAACCUCAACCGCUAAUAACAGAUGACAGUGAAAUCGCCGUUAAACCAAGAAGCUUGCAAAGUGAGCUAAUGUGCCCAAUAUGUUUGGACAUGUUAAAAGCGACAAUGACAACAAAAGAGUGUCUUCAUAGAUUUUGUCAAGAAUGUAUUACAACCGCCCUUCGAAGUGGUAAUAAAGAAUGUCCAACCUGUCGGAAGAAACUUGUCUCUAGGCGAUCAUUAAGACCUGAUCCAAAUUUUGAUAUGCUUAUAUCAAAAAUUUAUCCAAGUCGAGAAGAUUAUGAGAAAAAUCAAGAGGUUAUUGGAUACAAAGAGAAUACAAGUCGACGAAAUAAUAGAGCAAAUAGAUCAGCUUCUAAUCAGGAUUCAUCUACGGCAUCUUGUGAAACCAACAACAAUCAUCAUGUUAUUCAACAACCCGAAAUCGAACUGGUCUUCAAACCUCUUACCCAAGGAAGUCCUGAUGAUAAUGUGAUCCAUACUCGUUUUCUUAAAACUACAACAAAUGCCACCAUUGACCAUUUAAUUAAAUAUCUUUCUAUGAGACAUUUCUUGGAAACAAAUCCCAAUAAUUGUGACAAUAAUCAAGAGCUAGACACUUCUAUAUUUACCAUUUAUGUGGCCGCUGGACCCGGUGAAUUUCAACCUUUACUUGGACAAACUACUUUGGAUCAAGUGAAUGAAAAAUUUUGGAGACACAACAAACCCUUAGAGUUAUAUUAUGCUUAUAAAAUGUCUCAACCAUGAUCCUCCCCAAUCUAAUUUUGGUACCGAAUAUUUUUGGUUUAAUCGUUUAAUCAUUUCUUUUUUUACAAUGAUAACACUCAGUAAAUACGAGAAAUUGAAUGGUCACACUUCGCGAAUCGUGAGCAUUUGUUAAAUAAUGUCCCGAUAUUUAUGUCAUCAACUGACUAUUAUAAGACUGGAAAGUUGAAAAUAAAAACAAAUCAUUUCAUUUUGUA